CGCCCCGGACCCCGCCCCUCGGGCCAGCCCUGCGCGGGGUCAUUGUCUUCAGCCGUGCGGUGCUGUAACCGCCUUCCAGCUCCUGGACGCUGCGGUCCUCUGGCCGCGGCCGCCGGGGACCAUGGAGUUUGCAGAGCUGAUUAAGACCCCACGAGUGGACAAUGUGAUGCUUCACCGGCCUUUCUAUCCGGCCGUUGAGGGGACCUUGUGUCUGACUGGCCACCAUCUGAUCCUGUCCUCCCGGCAGGACAACACGGAGGAGUUGUGGCUCCUCCAUUCAAACAUCGACGCCAUCGACAAGCGAUUUGUGGGACCACUGGGUACCAUCAUCAUAAAAUGCAAAGAUUUUCGAAUAAUUCAGUUGGAUAUUCCUGGAAUGGAGGAAUGUUUGAAUAUAGCCAGUUCCAUUGAGGCAUUGUCUACCCUGGACUCCAUCACCCUGAUGUACCCUUUCUUUUAUCGGCCCAUGUUUGAAGUGAUGGAAGAUGGCUGGCAUUCUUUCCUUCCUGAACAAGAAUUUGAACUCUACUCUUCAGCUACCAGUGAAUGGAGAUUAAGCUAUGUCAAUAAGGAAUUUGCAGUCUGCCCUUCUUACCCACCAAUUGUCAUAGUACCCAAAUCCAUUGAUGAUGAAGCUCUUCGGAAGGUAGCUAUGUUUCGACAUGGAGGACGCUUCCCAGUACUCAGCUAUUAUCAUAAAAAAAAUGGAAUGGUAAUUAUGCGAAGCGGUCAGCCACUGACUGGCACAAAUGGGAGACGGUGCAAAGAAGAUGAGAAGCUGAUAAAUGCUACCCUCCGAGCAGGAAAGCGUGGCUACAUCAUUGAUACUCGAUCUCUAAAUGUAGCUCAGCAAGCUAGAGCCAAAGGAGGUGGCUUUGAACAAGAAGCUCAUUAUCCCCAGUGGAGGCGGAUUCAUAAGUCCAUUGAGAGGUAUCACGUUCUUCAGGAGAGCUUAAUCAAACUUGUGGAAGCUUGUAAUGACCAAACACAUAACAUGGACCGAUGGCUCAGUAAAUUGGAGUCUUCAAACUGGCUGACGCACAUCAAAGAGAUUCUGACAACUGCCUGUCUAGUGGCGCAGUGUAUCGACAGGGAAGGAGCAUCCAUAUUGAUUCAUGGAACAGAAGGAACUGAUUCCACACUUCAGGUGACCUCCCUGGCCCAGAUCAUCUUGGAACCAAGAAGCAGGACCAUCCGUGGUUUUGAGGCCCUGAUAGAAAGAGAGUGGCUGCAGGCUGGCCACCCGUUCCAGCAGCGCUGUGCACAGUCAGCCUAUUGUAAUAGUAAGCAGAAGUGGGAGUCGCCUGUGUUUCUUCUCUUCUUGGAUUGUGUGUGGCAGAUACUUCGUCAGUUCCCUUGUUCUUUUGAAUUUAAUGAGAAUUUCCUCAUCAUGCUCUUUGAGCACGCUUAUGCCUCACAAUUUGGAACAUUUCUGGGCAACAAUGAAAGUGAAAGAUGUAAGUUGAAGCUACAGCAGAAAACGAUGUCUCUGUGGUCUUGGGUCAAUCGGCCCAGUGAACUGAGCAGAUUCACCAAUCCUCUCUUUGAAGCCAACAAUCUUGUCAUCUGGCCUUCGGUUGCUCCACAGAGUCUUCAGCUCUGGGAAGGUAUUUUCCUACGUUGGAACAGAUCCUCCAAGUAUUUGGAUGAAGCAUAUGAAGAAAUGGUUAACAUCAUUGAAUAUAAUAAGAACUUACAAGCAAAAGUAAAUCUCCUUAGGAGGCAGUUGGCGGAACUGGAGACUGAGGAUGGGAUGCAGGAGAGUCCCUGAAAGAUGUCCCCACACCUGUGUAUGAACCUUCCCGCACCCGUAUCCCACCUCUCUCUCCUUUUGCCCUUCAGCUCACUUUUACACAGUAGCCUUGAACUUCAGGCUUUAAAUGUGAGAACCCUCUGAUCUAAUGGAUUUCUCAGUACUUUAUGAAUGAAACUCACUAUAAUUAUUUAUGUUUCACAUGGCCUCUUAGGCCUCUUUACUUUGGGAGCAGGAAGGAGGUGCUAGUCAUUUUAUUUUAUAUGAACCAGGUGACCUCUGUAAUGCCAUUUGUGUUAUAUGCCAUUUCAUUAUAAUUUUUUCUGUGUCCACUUUCAAACAAUGCUUCAGACCAGUCAAGGAUAUGAUUAAUCUCUUUAGGGGAUGUUAGUUUAAAAAAAAAGAUCAGAUGUUUAAACACUUUGAAUAUAGAAAUAUUUUUCAAAACUGAAAUGGUGGAUAAACCAAGAAUUUUAUGUUUAAUAUGCCAUUUCCAAUACCUUUGCCAUUCUCUUUAAAAUAGUUUUGGACUAACAAAAGCUGAAUUCCGUCUCACUCUGGUUUGUCAAGAAAGGAAAUUCUGAAUAUUUAUUCAAGGUAAAUUAUUUUUAUAAGGGCAACAGGUAUAGCCCUCUGAUAUUUACCUUAAGAAGUAAACUUAACAGUAGACAGUAAAAGUAUGUGCAAUAUAGAAAGUAGGAAUUUGUUACUGAUAUGGUAUUGUUACUGUUGAAUUGGUUUUUCAGGUUUUUUACCAUACAUAUUAAAUAUGUAUCAGAUGCUAGAUGUAACAUUAAACCAUCAUUUAUAAUAGAUGUUAAUUUGUUAUGAUUAAGCUACAAAUAUGGUUUCCUUAAACCAGAGAUGCACUGCCCUUGUCUGACAUUCUUAUUGCACUGGUUUAUGUAUGUAUGUGUAUGUUUUAUUGUGUUUUGUUUUAUUUUUAAGUAUUCUAGGAGUUUACUAAUACUGAGGUUACAAUGUUCAUGGUGGUUUGAGCCUUUUGAAAAUUUACCUGGACUCUGCUGAUUUUUCCAUUAUAUGUUAGGCAAAUAUAAUUUCAGUGGAGGUAAAAGUUUAUGAACAUGAUACAGCUAUGAUUUAAACUUCAGAUUUGAAAUGUUUCAAUGUUAUAGAAACAGUGAUGACUAUUUAUGCAAUGCUAGUUCAUGCCUACAACUCUAAAAGUUUGCAGUUCAGUGCUUUUCAUGUACAUUUCUGUUUUGUGGAAUUGCUUAUUUUAACAAAUGCUAUCAAUUCCAAUUAUCCUUUAAAAGGAUAGUUGAAAAGUAAUCAUUAAUACCAUUUCUACCCCAUCUGUAUAUAACCAUUGCAGUAUAAAACAUACCAAAACUGAACCCUGCUCUAUAGCUAUGUAUUGAGCUAAAAGUAUAAUUUUUAAAAAUCGACUCUCAAAAUCUCUGGCCACAUUCAGAAACUUUAGAAAGUGGCAAGUUCUUUCUAUCUCCAGUUAUCUUUUUUCUGUCUCCUCAGACUUGUAGCAAAAGGCUGGACAACAGUUCAUAGAACUCUCUCUGGUAAAUGUGCCUGCCUUCUCCUAUAAGCUCAGUUUUAUUCUCGACUUAUUUUCUUGGCUAUAGUUAUGAAUCUCGGGGCAUGAAAGCCCUCACCAGAAGGCUAAGGCAAGGCGUGAAGGAGAUGUACUAUCCUGCAAUGGAUAUCUCUGUGUUGUGUGAAACCUUUAUAUUUUUAAAAAGAGGAAACACACUAGCUUUUUCAUGGCCCCUCAGAAUUGCUUGCUGCUUUGUCCAGGCAGCUGACCUUUCUGUUUUCUUAAUUUUGUCUCAAGACUAGAUAUGAAUAAGGAACCCUUUUUUCUCUGUUAAUGGACGCAUAAGGAAAACCUCUAGAGAUUUAUUUAUUUUUUAGUAAUUCUUUAAAAGUGACGCCCCCACUAGUGAUAUUGAUUGGCCAUAGAACUUCUGUGGGUUUAAACUUUGGAGGGAAUUUUUAUCAGGUUUGGUCAUGGAGAAAUUGUAUGCCAUCAAUUUAUACCUGUCUUCCUGAUGCACAUUUUAUGUGUGAGCCAGAGUACAGUAGCAUAGUGUUUCAGUUUCUUUUUAUUUCUUUUAUUGAGACAGAAAUCUUAGGCUGUUUGGACAAGUUUGCAUUGUAGUAUUAAUUUGUAAUUACAGAUUGUCCAGACCACACUUCUGACUACAGCCUGUAAAAACAAACUUUGGUGUCAAUGCACUUUCAGAGGGGUCAUCUAAUCAUGUCGAUAUUUAGGUUUCCCAAACUCGAGAACUCUGUCAAAAGCAAGUGCAUUGUCAAUAUAGCGAGAGGGUUUUUAGUAAUACUAUAAGUUACCCAUCUGUUGGAUGAGAAGAAUACAUACAGUGGAUAUACUCCUGAGAAGAUACUUGUUAAACAUUAAGUUUGGACAAUUGUCUUUGAUAAAUGUGGCUUUAAAAUCUUUAAGAGAAUGGUGACAGAAUUAGUGAGCAAGCAAAUUGCCUCAUAGGAGUCAGUAACAACAAUCAAGGGAAAUAAUUCAAGUUCUUGUAUACUAGGCAUCUUCCAUAUUCAUUUAUAGUGAAGGCUGCUGGUUUACAUUUUGGGGAUGCAAAACGUAUGUCCCACAAAGAAUAUCUUAAAAAUACAAAGGAUUGCUAUAAUCCUCUUAUCAGCAAUACAAAGAUUUUUAGAUUUAAAUUAAUGACUUUUUUAAAAAUCAGAAGAACAUGGUUGAUAAUAUAAAAAUGCCGAAACUUUCAGUGGUGAGACUUUUCGGUAAUUGUCUGGUCAAAAUUUUUUAUUUUGAUUUUAUUUAAUGGGAAGAAAAGCAGAAAUUGUAAAAUCUAACAGGUUUAAACCUACAAAUAGUUUUUAUUUCUAAGAAAAAUUAGGCCUUUGAAGCAAGGUUUUGAAGUGAUUUUUAGAAAAGCUUGAGGAGACUGUAGACAGUCAUCUCAGAUCCCAUUGGGGAAUUUUAAAACUUUCCUUUGAACCCUGAAGGCUGAUUGACAGAAGUGAUAUGUCAUCACUUUUUAUUUUAAAGGAUGAAAUUUAGUGAGAUUUCAGUCUUUGAUUCAGUUAGUGUUUAUAUUAAAUAAAAAAUCAAUAUCAUGGAAAAGAUUUGAACAGUAGUUGUCUCUUGACAUGAAAAAUAGGACAUUUUGCUGCGUUUUAAAAACCUGCUUAAAGAUAUCACUCAUGUAGUUAAUCUGGUGUCUGGAUUAGCUGUUUCAGUUGUCAGUAUUAACUGGGUUAUCAGGUUCAUUUGUUAUAACCUGAAACAAAAGUUUCGGUAUUUACCCAUAUCCAGAUUUAAUGAAUGAAAAGUGUAUGAGGUGUUAUGAGCACUCUUGAUCAGAAACUUAUUUCUUGGACCAAAAACAAGCAAUUUUUAGAACAGUUGAUCCUCUGUUCUGGCAGCUAUGAAAUUUACCAGAGAAUGAAGUCAUUCAGUAUAGCUGAUAUAGGUUCAUGUUAUACCUCAAGACAAUAUAGAUGAGCUAUUUCUUAUUCUUUAACAUGUUCGAUCUUUCCUCCCUCCCAGAGCUGAUAUCCUAAGUUAUUACCAGGUAGUGUUUUUAUGUAAAUCACCAUCUUAACAAAGAACAUUAAAAGACUGAUUUCACCAUUAUUAUUUAUUCUCAGAUGAUAAGAAAUGCUAAUUGUCUUACAAUAUCAGUUUUCUAAUUUUUAUUUUACUGAAUAAAGCUGCUUUUACCUUUAUUCAGUCUUUAUAACCUAGUGUCCACAGCAUCUUCUUCCUUUAAGCCAACAGCCCAGAAGAGAACCUCUGAAACUCGUAUGACUAGGUUUUAGAAAAUCUUGGACUUGUUAUCUAAAUUCCCUCUAAGAAACCCAGUGUCCUAUUUUUAAACGACAGUGUGGAACUCUAGUUUGUGCUUAAUUUAGUGAAAGAUAGUGGGGCUCACUGUAGACACUACUUUGUCCUGAAAACAUAAUUCCUGAUGAGAGCUUACUGACUUGUAGAGCUAUUCUGGUUAACCACCCUGUGAGUAUACAGAUGAACUGUAUUUGUGAUUUGUAAUAAAAACAAGUUGUGCAACACUGCCUGUGUCUGUCUGUCUGCCCAAGACAUUUGUUUUGCUUUUAAAAUGCACAUAUCUUUGGAGAGGUGGAUUAUUCUACAAAAUAUACCCUGAGUUCUGUUAUUUAGAAUCCUUAUAACUCUAUCACCAUCUAUACUAAAGAUGUACUUGCACAACUUAGUUAUUUUAAAAAAGUAUAUGUAUUUCUUCAAUAGCGGGUAUUUGAAUUGUACUCUUGAUAUAUUUGAAUGUGACUCUUGGAAUUAAGUGCACUAUUCAUGUCUCACAAUAAAAUUGCACUAUAUGGCAAA